GCGCCCCCGUAAUCCCCCCUCCCAGCUCACUCCCAGAGCAGCGCGCGCCCCGCAUUCUGGCGCCACGGGGAAGACAGGAGGAGGGAGAGAGCGGGUACUAUCACCUGGACUGCAGAAGACUAAACCAUUAAUACAUUGUUUAAUGGGAAGCUUAACAGUAUGGCGGAGUCGCAAGUAGAUGCUGAAAGUACUGGUGCUAAAGAAGGCCUCAAAGAUGACACAAAUUUCAACUCUAUUGAGGAAAAUGAUAUAGUGUUUAAGAAAAUGCAAGAGUCUCAAACCGCUUUUCAGAAAAAUAGUCCUUUGACUCUGCCUGAAGAGCUAUCAAGGGACGGGUCUGAAAAAGCCUUAAGCAGAGUUCAGCCUUCUCCGCUUUUACCUGCUGGUGUUCCCACUGUAGCUUGUGAAAAUUUUGCCUUGUCUAAUGGAUCGGUUUCACACUCCAUAACCAAGACUUCCAGCCUGAAUGCAAACAGUGUUUCGUUAACCAGUGACCAACUUGUGGGUCAGCAAACAGAUUUAUGUUCAACUAUGAAGGUGGCAUACGAUCUCCAGCAGUCUACAAAGAAUCCUGUGCAGAUGUCAAGUCAGCAAGUUUUAUUUUUUUUACCUGAUGUAGCACAUGCCAAGAAAGAAAUACAUUCCAUUUUACCUCCUACCUCCACCUCUGUUGGCUCUGACACACCUAAUGGAAAUAGUUUCCAAACCGAGAGCACUUUAGAAGGGCCAGCAGAUGUGUGUGAAGAUAGGAAGAUGGCAGUGAACAAGGUGCAUAAUGAGACACAGAGUUUCUGUGGUACAGAUGACUAUAUUGCAGGAAGGGAUGCUAAUAUGAAUAUUCAGACAAACUGUGUAGAUGAAAAAACAGAUGCCUCUGAAAAAAACUCUGUUGUAAGGGUGGAAAAGAAACGCAAAAGAAAAAUGGAUGGUAGUAAGAUAACCCGUUGCUAUUCUGAAGAUGCUUAUUGUGAUGUAAAUUAUAUUUCCAAAAAAUCUAAACUAUUAAAUAUAGGUAUCAUGGAAGACAGUGAUGAAGAGCAACUUAUAGCACCACACAAGUAUGAACUGACAAAGGUCAAGUCUGAAACAUCUCUUGAUGACACGGAAGAUCAUCUUCCAAAAGAGAGAAUAGAAGCUAUCAAACAUUUUAUUUAUAACCCUAUUUGUGACUUCCCUGGUGAGACCUCACCUGUUGACGUCAGCUCUUUUUUUUCUAAUGAUGUACAAAACAGUUGUGAACCUCAGUCACCACCAAGUUGCACUAGAGAUCAAGAGCCAUCAUUUUAUCCCUGCACAAAGUGCAAUGUGAAUUUUAGGGAGAAGAAACAUCUACAUAGGCACAUGAUGUAUCAUUUGGAUGGAAAUAAUCACUUUCGCCAUGUUAAUGUUCCAAGACCAUAUGCUUGUAGGGAGUGUGGGAGAACAUUUAGAGACCGUAAUUCACUUCUUAAACAUAUGAUUAUUCACCAGGAACGAAGGCAGAAACUGAUGGAGGAGAUUCGGGAAUUGAAAGAACUUCAGGAUGAAGGUCGCAGCGCCCGUCUGCAAUGUCCACAGUGUGUGUUUGGAACAAAUUGUCCAAAGACCUUUGUGCAGCAUGCCAAAACCCACGAAAAAGAUAAGAGAUACUACUGUUGUGAAGAAUGUAACUUUAUGGCGGUGACUGAAAAUGAGCUGGAGUGCCACAGAGGUAUUGCCCACGGGGCUGUGGUAAAAUGUUCUAUACUGGCUUCGGAUCUACCACAGAGGAAAGCUCAGAAAAAAACCUCAUUGAAAAAUUCCUUUUUCCUUUCAUCCAAAAAGACUGCAACCUAUAUUUGUAAGAUGUGCCCUUUUACCACUUCUGUCCGAAAUAUCUUAAAGAAACACAUUGAAUAUGUACAUCCGUCAUCUUCCAUGGAUCAGUUUGAUGGUCCUGUUUUAGUUAAGAGAGAGAAUUUCUCUGAUCAGGAACUUUUAGAUAAUGGCAAUGAAACAAAACAUUUUGUGAAACAGUCCUCUUCAUUUCCAAAGAAUUCUGUCUUAAAACAAGAUAUGAAAAGACCAUAUGGCUCAAUGUCUCAAAAUAACUUUGCAAAGUUGCACAGAAAACACAAGAUACAGAAAGCUAGGAAAAGUGCUGCUCAGUCUGUAGUCUGUGGUUCUUCUAUUUCCCCAAACAAAUCCCUCUUAUUCACUAGCAAUGACCAAAAACAUAAGUAUUUUCAGCAGAUUACAAAACAAAAACAUACUAGGUUCAAUCAUACCUACCGCUACGGGCAGAAAUUGGAUGGCUAUAAAAUAAAGAAAUCCAGCGACCUUUACCCACUAAACUUGAAAAAAGGUGAGAAUUCUGUCAACCCCUUACACCUGCUUUCUUCACAGACCAAUAUCCAGAACGAUUGCUUGAUUAUGGACCCUCAGAAUCUCAAUCAGGGUAAACUUGCUGGUUUUAAAGAUCACAGGCGGAUAGCUGUCAAAAGGGUGCUUAAAUCAGAACUUGAGCACCCGGUCACAGAGGAAGACUUAGACUGUUAUCCAGAUUUUCUCCAAAAAAUGACUUAUGUUGUUCUUAAGAAACUUGACUCGUCUGAGAAAAAGGAUGACUGUGACUCCUGGGAGAAUGGAGAGCUUGGCGAUUAUAGCACAGAGUCUCCAGAUGACACUUACGGUAGUCCAACAAAACAAGUGGUUUAUCCAAUUUUCAACGAGAAAGUGAAAGAAAACGGUGAUGACUCCUCUUUGCAGUACAGUAACAAUGAUGGUUAUUUUUUUGAGUAUUACGAAGACGGUGAUGAAGAUACGUUUAUGCAUGAUGUCCACGGUGAUAACCAUCUAGAAAGUUCAGACUCUUCUUUGCAGGGUCACAAUUCUAUAUUCCACUGGAGUGAAUUGUCACUUGAAAAGAAAUCCUGCCCUUACUGUCCUGCAACCUUUGAAACGGGGGUUGGAUUAUCUAAUCAUGUGCGUGGACAUCUUCACAGAGCAGGAUUAACCUACGAAGCUCGCCAUGUGGUGUCACCAGAACAAAUCGCGACAAGUGACAAAAUGCAGCACUUCAAGAGAACCGGGACUCCAACUAAAAGAGUGAGGAAAGUGGUAGAGAAAUCUGAAAGCCCUUCUGAACAUGCAUGCACACUUUGCGGAGGCUGGUUUGAUACUAAAAUUGGAUUAUCAAAUCAUGUACGGGGUCAUUUGAAAAGACUAGGUAAAACCAAGUGGGAUGCGCACAAGUCUCCAAUCUGUGUCCUCAAUGAAAUGUUGGAAAAUGAAGAAAAAUAUGAACAAAUCCUGAAAGCUCUGAGCAGCAGGCGUACUGCUCACAAGCCUUUUGUAGCCCGGAAAUCUUCCAGUGAUGACUCUGUAACAAGUAAUGCUAUACCUCCUGAAGCACACCACAAUGGCCUAAAUUCUGAACCGUUGUCUGAUGAAACAUUGCAUGAAGGACUGAGCAUUCAAAGUGAAUGUGAUGGCAGGGUUGGGCAGGAAAAAGAGCAGCCACUCUCAUUAAUUGAACUUCUUAAAAUGAAAAGAUCUAGCGACGAAAGAAAUACGGAAACGUCCCCUCAAAAGUUAAGUCAAACGGCAAGGAAACGCUUUAUGCAGAAAUGCCUUCUUCCAGUACCUGAAAUCUGUUCGCUGAUGUGCAAUCCACAUAAAUCCAUUGAUUUCGCUUUGCAGUCAGGUAUAUCUGCGAAGCUUAGGACCUGUGUGAAUUGCAAUACAACGUUUUCAAGUGCUGUUAGCCUGUCUAACCAUAUGAGAGCCUAUUCACGGAAGAAGAGCGCUGGACUUUUGACUGGAUCAGUAUUGGAUUGCAAGCAAAAGAAGUCAAGAUCAAGAUCUGGAAGUAAGAAGAAGGGACUGCCACUAUCUCACAGUGCUGACGAAGUAUACAUCUUGAGAUGCAGAUUUUGUGGGCUUGUCUUUCGUGGACCUUUGUCUGUGCAAGAAGACUGGAUAAAGCACUUGCAGCGCCAUAUCGUGAAUGCAAAUCUUCCACGGACUGGAGCUGGUAUGGUUGAAGUAGAAUCUGUGCUAAAAAAGACCCCGUCAAUCACGGAGACUUCAUUUCCUCUACUAACGGCAGAAGCAGCAACAUAAACAAGUUUAAGAUGUUAAGCAAGACUAAGCCUAGUUAGUCGGAUGUACAUUGGAACAGUUUUUGUUUUGUAUUUUUUAUUGUCAUUGCUACACUUGUUUAUAAUACAAAGGACAAAAUAAAUACUGAUUUGCCAUUGUAUGAAAAUGUUCACUAAUUAGCCAUUAUGUAUUUUGAGUUGGAACAUGUUUUAUAAUGUGUUCCAUUCACUGUUCAGUACAACAUGGAAUUGCUGAACUUUUUAAAUUUGUUAUGGAAUAUUUUACUCUUAUUAUACGAUUGAUCAUGUCAAAUUUUUCCCAUAUUUAAAAAGAAAACACAAAAACCAUUGAAUCUUCGUAUUUGUAUGACACUUUAUCAUACUAAUAACUGGUACACAAUGUAUCCUUUUAAUUUGGGGCAUUAAAGUAUUACAAUAUAUUGCAUAAUUCAGAAGACUGUUCCAUUCAACCAGGGCAAUCAGUACAAAUCUGUAUAGUUGUGUUUUUUAUUAUUAUUAUUAUUAUACAGAGGCUUUUUGUACUAAAAAGUGGAGGGUGACUUGUUUUCACAGCUAUUUCUGAAAGUGUAUAUAGUACUGGAAAUUAUUUGUUGUAAGGAAAUAUCUAUUUCAGUUGCAUUUCUCACUAACUGGUGCAUCCAUGCUACCUCCUACUUCGUCAACAAAGAUGUAUUUACUAAGUUACAUUUCCUAUGUAGAUUUUGAGUAAAUGUUUCUUAUAGCAAAAAUUCACUUUUUCAUUUCUCUUUUAAUGUUUUAUGUUUUCUCCCUUUUAGUUUGUUUAUUAAAACAUGUUUCUACAUGAGUAGCUUUCUCACCACAGUUUUAAAGUGUUCUAAUUUUCAGUUUAGCUCCACACAAGCAUUUUAGAGAAAGUUUAAUAUUUCAACAUAAUGAGAAUGUUUACAGUUGAAAUUUUAGAACUCAUUUUGGAUGUGAUUGUGUAUGAAAAUUGUGUAACACUAUGCUCAUGCAAAGGGCCUACUUGCAGAAAUAUUGAAAUAAAUGUUGUGAGGAUGGAA